CCCCGCGCGCGCACUAGCUAGCGCGAGGAGCGUCGAGCACGAGCACCUAGACAGGAGGAAAAAAAAUUGCGGCGCAGUAGCAUUGGACUGGCUGAUAAGGGAAAUAUAUUUUUUCCCUGAAAAUUAGACACCGAUCCCUCGGAAAUAGAUUGGAUUGAUGCGCAGGGCUGGAGAGAGAGAAGACGAAGAAAGGACUGGAAUGGAAGUGGAGUGACGCUGAGUGUUUCCCCCGGUGGAGGUACUACUGGAAAUGAGAGGGUUGCAUUGAAUGUACCAGAAAAAGCAUUUUGUUUUGCUGCAGAUGAAGAAAAGAAAUAGAAUCAUUUACAUAAUUUGUCAGUUUUAAUAUGGUCAGCUCUGAAAUAUAAAAAUCAAAAGUAAAUUUGAAAGUGUUGUAAAGAUUGGCCUAUGUUUUUGAAAAAUUCUUGUAAGGAGAUAGAAGCAUUUUAAUUUUUUUUAUUGUUUUGGUUGGCUGAAUAUUUGGAUAUGUUAAGGUAGAUGUUAGACACACUUAUGCUGGGUGGCAGCUAUUCAGAUACCUUUAAAAUCACUGUAAGGACUUUUAAAAGUACACACAGUGUAUCCUAGACACAGCUAUAAAAUGAUGGAUAUGGGAAGAAGCAAAAGAAUGUUAAGACUAAAUUUGUGAAGGUGAAAAUCUAGUAAAUUCACAAAAUAUAAUCUGGGUACUCCUUUAUUUUUGGGUAUGUUGUAAUCAAAUCAUUGUUGACUAGAGACUUAGUCAUUUUGUUAUUUUAUGUAAUAUAUAAUUUUUUUCCCUCCUCUGUGUGACACAGAGAACAUUAAUGAAGUGAGCGUAGUUCUUCUCAGUUAAAAACAAUUAACUUUUAAAUUUUAAGAUUAUUCUGUAUACUUGGGAAAGACUGACAAUAAAAUGAACAGCUGAGGGGGUUUGAGGUGUAGGCAAGCACGGAGUGCUGCUUCUGGUGCUUCACUGACCAGAUCACCCUGCAAGCCCUUUCUACAGUGUUCAAAUCUGCCUUGAAGAGAUCAGGGAGCUCCUGUACUGGACACAUCAAAGCUGAGGGCCCACAAGUUCUGCUUGGAGGAUCCUUGCCAUGAGGUUUGAUGCCUCACUUCGUUGACAAAAGUCAUUGGACCUAAAUGGCGCAGCAUGACUUUGUUCCUGCUUGGCUUAAUUUUCCAACAUCUCAAUCUUCAAACAAGUCCUCUUCUACCAGUGAGAAACACAGUGAUCAUUUUGCUCGAGGUGAUGGUCGUUUUGGCGUAAAUCGUAGAAGGCACAAUUCCUCAGAUGGAUUCUUUAGUAAUGGUCUACUGCGAGCUGCUGGAGGUAGGAAAGAUGGUUGGUAUCAGCCUUCAUUACUUCGCCACGAUUCUGUAGAUUCAGGUGUUUCUAAGGGUGUUCAAGUUAGCCUUUUUGGAAACCAGGUUUGCAAAGAAAAUGCCAGUUGGCACAAUACAAAUAGAGGCCAUGACUCAGUCAACCAGCGUAGUAGCAAUAAUUCCCAUCGACAUUGGAAUGGCAACUUUCAUAACCGAAAGAAUUCAGGAUUCCAGGACAAGCCACCUGCUGAGGUAAAGGACGAAAAAAAGGAUGAAAAAGAUGAAAAACUACAGUUUGAAGAGGAAGAUUUUCCAUCUCUGAAUCCCGAUGCAGAAAAACAGCCUAGCCAGAGCAGACCUGUCAGCACACCAACAGGAGUGUGGGAAAACCCUCCAAGUGCCAAGCAGCCAGUUUCCAAGAUGCUGGUCAUCAAAAAAGUUUUGAAAGAGGAACCAAUAUUCUCAACUAGCUUUUGUUCCUCAGGAAACCCUUUUUCUAACAGCAACAAAAACACUGCAAACCCGAGCGUUUACAAAAAUCUAAUACCCAAACCUGCAGCUCCUCCCACAAAGCCAGGUCCAUGGAAAUCUGUUGCAAGGGAAAACAAACCUGGCUUACUUUACUCUGGCCAAGAUUCAGCAAUUACAAGUCCUGUUGCAAUGAUCAAACCUUCAGUGCAGUCUACUGGUAGUUGUCACAUCUCUCCAAAAGAGACUCCUUCAAGUACCACCCCUCCAAUAGAGAUCAGCACAAAUCGUUUAAUGAAACUAACUCGGGUAAAGUCAGACAAGAAGAGUGAGUUUCUGAAGACACUGAAAGAUGACCGGAAUGACGAAAUCUCAGAACAUACAGACUUCAACAAAUUAGAAGACUGUGUACGUAAUAUUCCAGAAACAAAUGAAAAUGGGAAAGCAAAUGGUCAUCAGCAUAGUCUCUCAUUCUGUGGCCCAGAAAAAGAUUAUCUCUCCAGUUCUCUUGAAGCAGAACAUAGAUUAUUGAAAGCAAUGGGUUGGCAAGAAUGCUCGGAGAAUGAUGAUAACUUCUUGCCUUUGACUGAAGAUGAGCUCAGAGAGUUCCAGGCCAAAACUGAACAGCUGAAGAAAAAUGGCUUUAGGAAAAAUGGUUUUCAAUUGAAGAACCGGUGUACAGCUUUACAUUUCACCGACUGGAGAGGCUUUUUCAAUACAGGACUUCAUGAAGCAUCAGAUUCUGAAACUAGCAGUAGUACCAAUUCUGAUGAUGACGCUUAAAUUUGGUACAAGUGGAAUUCACGUUAAAUGUUUUCUUAUAGCUGGAGGACUAAACUUACUAAAGCUCUUUUGGCACACAGAGUUAUAUUUUUCCAUGCACAAGGGAGUUGAUCAUAUCCCAAAGAAGAAAAUUUGCUUGUUGAGCUUUUUUCUUUUUUCUUUGACCAGCUGGUCCUGUUGAACGCUUCGUAGAAUGAAAUAUGAGUCAAUAAAGAAGAAAAGGGGCAAAACACACUGAGUAAUCACUUGCAAGGAAAAAAUUGGUUUUUUUUUGAAAGCUUGGAAAAAAGCAUUUGCA